GCAAAAGUUUCCAGGAACGAAACAUUUCGUAUCUACGUGAACCUGUACAUUGCCAGCAGAGCCCAACUAGGGACCGCCACUCUCACAAUCAGCUUUUGAAUACUCUCAAUGUCCACCCGAAAACGCAAUGAAUGGCUCGAUGCUGGAGAAAGCGACGACGAUGAGCGCGGGUACGACUCGGAAGAAGACAGUAGAGCGCAAAUACUCCGCAAUUCCAAGCGACAGAAGGUUUCUCAUGACUCUGAUGCGGAAGAAGAGGACGGACUGAAUGAUGAAGGGAGCGAGGCCGCGUUUGACGAGGAGGAAGACAUCCCAAUCACCGCAGACCUAGACGACGAUGACGAUGACGACGACAAUGCAGAGAUUAGACGACUGAAAGCUCUCGCGGCUGGUCUUCCCUCGGACAAAGCAGCGAAGCUUUCUCAACCUCUUUCACUAUCAUCGAAACCGAAGAAGGACAAAUCCGGCAUAAUAUACCUCUCGCGAUGUCCGCCUUUCAUGAAGCCUUCUGUUCUUCGCUCGCUCCUUACACCGUAUGGCGCAGUCGGUCGCAUAUUCCUUACUCCCGAAUCGGCUACACAACGAACUCAACGUUUGAAAGGCGGUGGAACGAGGCGAAAACUUUUCCUUGACGGAUGGGUGGAAUUCCUAAAGAAACGCGACGCGAAGUUUGUAGCAGAGAACCUCAACGCGCAAACUAUGGGUGGCAAGAAGAGAGGGCGAUGGCAUGACGAAGUCUGGAACAUCAAAUAUCUUAAGGGUAUCAAGUGGGGUGACUUGGUAGAACAGAUCCAGAAUGAGAACGCUGAGAGACAGGCACGUAUGCGCACAGAGAUUGCGCAGACCAAGAAGGAGAAUACUCGGUUUCUGGAGGACAUUGAAAAGGGGAAGAUUGCAAAGACGAUGGAGGAGAGGAGGAAGAAGAGAUUCGGAGAGGAUGGGCAAGAAGCGACAGAGGAAACCGUCGAGGAGGCGGGUACUGGCAAAAAGACAAAACGGUCGAAGAUGGAGUUCAGGCAAAGUGUGGUCAAAUCAAAGAAGGAGAAGGCGGAGCCUGGCCAGGACACAAGUAAGGUUCUGAGUAUGAUAUUCUAGAUUUAGAAUUGGCACGUUAUGGUUUGAAUUCGAGUCUUCGUCAGUUCGAUGCCAGCGGCUCCAUCUCCAUGUUAAACCGACUUCAUGCGGUCAAUCUGAUACAAUAAUCUUUCAUUGGCAUGUAUGUUACGUGGAUGCGGUUCAUUUGUGCACAGCAAACAAGGAUGUGAGCACGAU